AUGAACGAUAAUUCAAUCAAAAUAAAUGACAACACGUUAAGUGUGGAAAGCUGGAUAGAGCACCAAACGAUAGGGAAUGAUGAAAAUGGGGAAAAGAAUCUAAGCGAAAGGAACAGAGGAACGAAGCAUAGCGACUCGGAAAGCAGAGCACAAAAAAAGGCAAGUAGAAACAAGGAAGAUCUGAAGAGACAAGAUGAAAACGACAGCGAAAUGGCCAUCGAGAAAGAAAUCAACAAAAUAAAUGAAUGUGCUAAUUGCACCAAUUUGGAUACAACGAAAGAUUAUACAAUUAUUGUGCCCCCAAGGAAAAAAAUGAGAAACAUGACAGAUGAAGAGGUCCAAGGGGGAAGUCAAAACAGUGGAAAGGCCAACGGGGAGGAGACUUCCCUUCCCCCCGUGAAUGGCCAAAGUAGUGAACAGGACAACAUCACGGAAUCGCUGCAAAGCAGUUCCUUCGAUUUGAAGCGUAAAAAAAAGAAGUUAAAAAAGAAGAGCAGUUGCGAUGGUAGCCAUGGGGAGAAUGGCCAAGGGGGAAAAAGUGGAAAAAAUAAACCCAAAGGAAAAAAUGCACAACGUGAGAAGAAGUAUGACCAGACGGUCGACCAGUCUAGCGAUGAGGGAGGCGAUGGAGACAGCAGCGAAGAAAACGGCGAAGGAAGUGACGAUCAGAGCAGCGGUGGAGAGGACGACGUCAGCAACUCCCUUACCAAGAAGAAAGGCAAAAAAACGGAUAAGCAGAAAACACGCAACAUGUUAAGGGAAAAGCUAAACAAAACGAAGAAAAUUAACUUUAAAAAGGAAAAGAAUAACACCAAAAUGGAGAAGCAGAGGUAUGCCAAGUAUAAGAGAAGUAAGGAAAAUAUCAAGAUGACCUUCGACGUGACCAGCCGCUUUACCGUCCUAGGUUGUGACUGGGACAAUAUAUCCAGUGCCGACAUUUUCUACCUCUUUGAUAAAAGUAGAGCUGUGAAGAAGGUCACUAUAUACACCUCUAAAUAUGGGGAAAAGAAGCUCAAACAGGAGAAAAAACAUGGCCCCAAAAUUAAUUUAGACAUUUUAAAGCUGAAGAGGAAAGGAGACGGAGCUGUGUAUAGGCAGAACAACUUUCUAGAUUACUUUCAGGAUGAAGAGGGUGAUGAGGUAGAUGAGGGGGAUCUAAGCUCAAGCGAGGACAGCAAUAACAGCGGAGGCGCCGAACAAAGUGUCAAUAAUGACGAGAGCGUCGAAAGUGACGGAAGCGAAGACCUGGACGAUAGUGCCGAUCAGGACGACAGCACAGGCGAUGAUGAAAGUGCCGACUCGGACAGCAGCACAAGCGACGGUGCAAAAGGUAAGAAGGCGAAACUUAAAAAAAAAAAAAACGAGCAAGCCAAUUUGCACAGCAACCUCAGUGCCGACGAGGAGGAAGAAAAUGAAAAAAUCCGACUAUACCAAAUCCAGCGAUCAAGAUACUAUUUCGCAGUAGUAGAAUGUUAUAAUAAAGAAAUAGUAGAAUUUUUAUAUGAAGAAUUAAACGAUAUGGAUGCAGAUUUUUGCAUCAAUUAUUUAGACCUUAGAAUAAUUGAUGAUAACUGCUCUCUUGAUGAUUAUAAGGUGAAGGAGACGUGCAAUAAGAUACCUGAUAAUUACCAAUUCCAUUAUAGCGUCAGUACACCGUUAAAACAUACGCAUGCCAAGUCAACAUGGGAUGAAAAUCCUAAAAGGAAAAAACUUCUGUCCACGAGGUUUAGUGAAGAGAAGUUAAGGGAACUCGACCUGAAGGAAUAUCUAGCUAAUUCUUCAUCCAGCGAUGGGGAGGAGGAGGAGCAGCAGAAUCGCAACGAGGAUAAUUCACCACUUAACAAAAGGGAAAAAGACAACAGGGAAUAUUACAGAAAGCUCCUCCUUGGCGAUUGGUUAAACGAAGAUGAUACACAAAGUGGUCAGAAGGAAGAGCCCAAUUGGGGAGUGGCCAAUAAUAGUGGCAAAGGUACACUUAGAGACGACGUCAACAAAAAGAACCUCUCCAUAUACAUGGACGAAAUGGAGGAAGAUUUUGCAUCCAAGGAGGGAGUGAUCAAUUUGUCGAAAGAGGGAAUUUUUGCCUCGAAUAAAAACUCUGGUGGAAGCAUAACGAACGAGUUAACCGAAAGUUACCAUGAAAAAGGUGGUGAAAAAAAUAAGCGUAAAGCGCAAGCAAGCAACACUACCAACGCUGACGAUAGCGACAACGAAAACGAAGUCGUACAAGUUUUCAAAAACAUGCUAAAAAGUAAGGACCAAAAGGAAGAAAAGAAAAAUCCGUGGGACAAGUACCUAGAUAGGGUGAGACAGAAAAAGAAAUUAAAGAAAAAGGCCUAUUUGGAAUCCCUAAAAAAGAAAGAUGAAGAAAUAAAAAAAAUCAUAACGAAAAAAACAAACAAAAGAAAAAAAGAUGUCAUGUUUAAAGGCCACGGAGAAAACCUCCUAGAAAAAGUAAAUGAUGGCCACCUAAUUGAUAGUAGAUUUGCUGACUUGUACAAAAAUAAAGAUUUUAAUUUGGAUAUCACAAACCCGCACUUUAAGAAGACCAAAUUUAAUGAAGAAAUCCUUCAGAAGAAGAAGUUAUAA